AUGGCGGACCUGUCCCUGGCCGAGGAGCUGACGUGCUCCAUCUGCCUGGAGCUCUUCAAGGUGCCGGUCACCACGCCGUGCGGCCACAACUUCUGCGGGCCGUGCCUGGACGAGACGUGGGCCACGCAGGGCGCGCCGUUCCAGUGCCCGCAGUGCCGCUCGGCGUUCCCGGCGCGGCCGCAGCUCCGCAAGAACACGGUGCUGUGCACGGUGGUGGAGCAGUUCGCGCAGGCCGAGCUGGCCCGCGCCAAGCCGCCCGACGGCUGGGCGCCGCCCUCCCGCGCCGCCGCGGCCGCCGCCGCCCCCGCCGGCCAGGUGGCCUGCGACCACUGCCUGCGGGCGGCCGCCGUCCAGACGUGCCUCGUGUGCAUGGCCUCCUUCUGCCGGGAGCACCUGCGGCCGCACCUCGACAGCCCCGCCUUCAAGGACCACCCGCUGCAGCCGCCCGUCCCGGACCUGCUGCAGCGCAAGUGCCCCCAGCACAACCGGCUCCGCGACUUCUUCUGCCCCGAGCACGGCGAGUGCAUCUGCCACAUCUGCCUGGUGGAGCACAAGACCUGCUCGCCGGUGCCCCUGAGCCAGGCCAGCGCCGACCUGGAGGCCAAGCUGAAGUAUAAACUGACGAUCAUGUACGGCCAGAUCAACGGUGCAGUGAAGGCGCUGGAGGAUGUGAGAGCCAGGCAGAAGGAUGUGCGGGAGGCUGCGCAGAAGAAGAUGGACCAGCUUCGACAAGAAUACUUGGAAAUGAAGGCUCUCCUUGACGCCUCCGAGGCCAGUUCCACGCGGAAAAUAAAGGAAGAGGAGAAGAGGGUCAGCAGCAAGUUCGACACCAUUUACCAGAUCCUCCUCAAGAAGAAGAUGGAGAUCCAGACUGUGAAGGAGGAGAUUGAGGCUGCCCUGACCAAGGGGGGCGAGUUUGAGUUUCUGGAGAAAGCGGCAAAACUGCAGGCUGUCUCAACGAAGCCAGUCUACGUCCCCAAGGUGGAGCUGAAUCAAGAGCUGAUAAAGGGCGUUUACCAGAGCACCGUGGACCUCAAAAACGACCUGAAGCUCUGCCUCAGGAAGUCCGAGGAGCCCAUCACCUCAGGGGAGCCUGCAGAGCACGCCACAGCGCCCACACCAAAGCCCACACGCCCUGUGAAGAAGGCCCCGAAAGAAGAAAAGAAACCCAAGAAAGUUCCCGCUGCUGCUGUCUCACCCAGCAAGCUUCCCACCUUUGAGUCCUCGGAGCAGUUAGUGGAUUUAAAACAAGCUGGCUCGGAGGCUGCAGCCAAACCCACCACAGCGCAGCCAAACUCAGCGGCUCUCAAGGCCAAGGUGCUGGAGAACUUCUUAGCCAAGUCCAGACCUGAGCUCCUGGCGUAUGCCGUUAAGGUCAUCCUGGACUACAACACGGCCUACAGCAAGGUGGCUCUUUCGGAGAACUACACUGUGGCCUCUGUGGCCGAAACACCCCAGACGUACCGGCCACAUCCCCAGAGGUUCACCUACUGUUCUCAGGUGCUGGGCCUGCACUGCUACAAGAAAGGGAUCCACUACUGGGAGGUGGAGCUGCAGAAGAACAACUUCUGCGGGAUGGGCGUCUGCUACGGCAGCAUGGCGCGGCAGGGCCCCGAGAGCCGGCUCGGCCGCAACAGCGCCUCCUGGUGCGUGGAGUGGUUCAACACCAAGAUCUCCGCCUGGCACAACAACGUGGAGAAAGUCCUGCCCACCACCAAGGCCACGCGGGUUGGCGUGCUUCUCAACUGCGACCACGGCUUCGUCAUUUUCUUUGCUGUUGCUGGCGACAAGAUCCACCUGAUGUACAAGUACAAGGAGGACUUUACGGAAGCUCUGUACCCGGCCUUCUGGGUGUUCUCUGUAGGCGCCACGCUCUCCAUCUGCUCCAACAAUUAG